ACCAAUCUGACCAUUCGAAAUCUUUCCCCAAAAGACAAAGUUGUUGCUACAGCUGCUGACUCGUGGGUCAUCGGAUCCAAUCCGAUAACAGACCCUGGCCAUCGUCGGCGGCCCCAACGGCCAACCGCCGUGCAUGUUGCGUUAGAUAUGCACUAGAGAUCUUCCCUCCCCUGUUGUCUUUGGAGGAAGGGAAAAUCAUUACCUUGUCUGAUUUGUUUAGAGGCCCCAACUCAGUUAACGUCCGCCCGAUACCUAACCUCCCAUCACACUGCUGACGUGGAUCACAUCCCGAACUCCCUCUCUCGAUAUUUCCGAGGAGAACAUCACAAAAUUGUCAUCCUUUCUUCCUUUCUCUCCCCUGUAGGGGUCACGAAAACUGUUGGUCCCGCUUGGCCGGUUCUCUCUCGAGUCUCGGCCUUUCUUCUUUUCCAGGUUUUUUGAUUUGGAGCUUACCAGACUGGGAAAGCUCUGGGCUUAUUGAGACUUUUGGAGCCAUCGACGAUCAUUACCAUUUUGGAGAGAGAGAUCAUUCUGGCUUCUUGCUUAAUUAUGGUUCAUCUUUAACUGUUUGAGAUCUGGUGGUCCUGGAAAUUUGGAGGAAGAGCCAUGUACGCGGUGGGGAGGCUAGGCAGCUAUAUUUCCCGUGGCGUGUACACGGUCUCUGGUCCCUUUCACCCGUUUGGUGGUGCAGUGGAUAUCAUUGUUGUGGAGCAGCCUGAUGGGAGCUUCAAAUCAUCCCCUUGGUAUGUCCGGUUUGGGAAAUUUCAAGGGGUUUUAAAGUCAAAGGAGAAUGUGGUUAACAUCAGUGUAAAUGAUGUAGAAGCAAAUUUUCACAUGUAUCUUGAUAAUAAAGGAGAAGCUUUUUUUCUUAGAGAGGCAGAUGUUGAAGAUGGGGAAUCUGUAUUAUAUCAGUUUUCAUCUGGUAAGGAGAUGGAUGUGCAAUCUGAUAGUAAGAGGAAGCAAUUAAAAUCCAAAAGUUGCGAUUCUGACGCUGGUAAGUUGAGUUCUGCUGAUCAGUUUAAUAUAAGCAAUGGAAAUGCUGUCUCCAGGACUACUUCCAGUCAGGGGCCAAUAAUGGGCUUUGCUUUUGGACGAAGGCCAAGGAAGGAGGACAAUGACAAGGAGAGAGCACAGAGUCCUGGUGUAAUGAGGUCUAAUUCAUUGGAGCGUGCAGAGAUUGCAGCUGACCUUUUGGAGAAAAAAUGGUCUACCAGUUUUGUGUCUAGUAGGUCCAAGAAAUAUGAAGCUUCCAACCCUUCAGUUUGUGAGGUAUUAGCAAAUGGGGGUGAAAAAGAUAUGCAGGCUAGUGUUGAGCAAAUCACGUUGGACAUUGCUGUGCAUGAUAAUCUGGAAAAUAAUGUUGAUUAUCUUGUGUUUCAAGAGGAAACUGAUAUCUGGAAUAAUCAAACAGACAACAACUUUCAGUCUGGCCCUGAGAACGUAAAGUACCCUGUUGAGGAGGCUGGUGCUCAAAUGUCCUCUGUAAGCUCUACAGAACAAGUUGUAACUUCUUUGUCAGGUGAACGUUUUAUGGAAGAAAAAUGCAGAGUAAUAUCUGAGGUAUCUGGAAUCAUUGGUGAGAAUGAUGUUCAAAGUACUAAUGAUGAUGAGAAUGCAAAGGGUGUUAACAUGAGGAUGGAGGAGACUGGUCUACAAAUUCAGAAUGAGCUUGAAGCUUUUUCUGACAAGCAUUUUGAUGAAGAAGAGGUUGAUAGUGAGAUGAAUGUUUUACAAGUAUGUGGCAUUGCCAACAAGGAGAGUGUUCCAGACAGAGUCCAAUCUUUUGCUCACUGCGAAAUGUCACAGAAUUCAGUAUUGGAUGUUUCCAGUGAACAUAUUCAGGAAACACUGUGCCUUUCUAGUGGGGGUAAAGGGGAAGUGCACAUUGAUGCUGAAACUGUGCUUAUCACAACUGGGGCCUUGGCAGAGGAUAUGGUUGUCAAGCAAGCUGAGGAAAAGGAACUGGGUGUUGAAGAGACAUUAAAAAGUUCCAAUGAAGAAACAGUUAGUGUUGGGCAUAUGGUUGGUUCAGUCAAAGAAGUGGAGUCAUCUCACACUUCCUCCAGUUCCAAUGUAUGGCAUUCAGAUAGUCAACUUCAAGAUGAGAAAACCAUUGAGAAUGAUCUCCAUCCUUCUUUGGAGUCUAUCUGUGAUCCUCAAAAAAUUUGUGGCGACAGUGACACAGCAAAGAGUUUUCCUCCAUCAGAGACUUCAGAAGAAGAACAAUUUCUUUUCAGUGACAUUGAUGAACUCAAGCUCAAAGACCAGCCUUGUGUAAAUGAAGAUCAUCAGUCCUUAAUUUAUACAAAUGGAAAGGUAAAUCGUUUAUUGGAUAUGAAUAAUCAGGAGAAUUCAUCAAAUGAUCUUGAAAACUCAUUACAGAAGUCAGGCAUGACAUCUGAUCCUAUUAGUAUCCAUCGAAGUCAUAGUGUUGGUAGUGAGAAAGCUGGCUGGCUGUUAGGAUCAUUGCCUAAUAUGUGGUCUCCUGAUGACAUGUCAUACACACACAAUAAAUGUCUUUUAAGCCAUUCUUUGGACUCAGAUUCUGAAUCCCUGAGGUGGACAUCAGUUAGAGAAAAUGAUUCAAGCUGUAUAAAGUUAGUUGCAUUUAAAGAACUCCAGUUAGCAGAGGAUAAAUCUAAUCUUGAGGAUACAGAGGCUUCAAUGGUGCUGAAGGAGGCCCUUAAAAAUCCAGCAGUUGAUAUAUCUCUUUGUAAACACUUGUUAAACAAAGGAAUGGGAGCCGAUGCUGCUGCACAAGCAUUCGAUUCUGAGAAACUUCAUACAGAAAAAUUUAAUUCUCUAGGUCCUACAGUUGUGAAGAAUGAUAAGCUUGUUGUCAGAAUUUUUGGCCAGUACUUCCCAUGGGAUGCAGCAGCCCCUAUUCUUUUAGGGAUGGUUAAGUCUGGAAGUGAAAGAAUAUUUGAACUGAAAGGCAUGAUAACCGUGGAGAAAUCUAUUGAAGAGAAUCAAUCAAAAGCUCUUGAUUCCUCCAGUGGUAGCUGGAAGCUAUGGCCUUUCUCUUUCAAAGGAUCUAGAUCAAACAAGAAGCUAGCACAGUGGGGUACCAGAAUUUUGGCUGUCAAGAAUGCUGAUGAUGAUAAGAAUGAGCUCAAACCCAAGAAAGUGAAGACUAUGCUGAGGGCUAUCACUGCUACCUCUGAACAGGUGGCAUCCUUGAAUCUGAAGGAGGGGAGAAAUGCUGUAACCUUUACAUUCUCUACCGCAAUGUUGGGCAAGCAGCAGGUAGAUGCCAGGAUAUUUUUGUGGAAAUGGAACACUCGUAUUGUUAUCUCUGAUGUUGAUGGAACCAUUACAAAAUCUGAUGUUCUAGGUCAAUUCAUGCCAUUGGUUGGGAUGGAUUGGUCACAAACAGGUGUUGUGCAUUUAUUUUCGGCUAUUAAGGAGAAUGGUUACGAAUUGCUUUUUCUAAGUGCACGUUCCAUAUCUCAAGCAUAUCACACUAGACAAUUCCUAGUCAACCUUAAGCAGGAUGGCAAAGCUUUACCAGAUGGGCCAAUUGUUAUUUCCCCUGAUGGCCUUUUUCCAUCUUUAUUUCGAGAAGUUAUAAGAAGAGCUCCUCAUGAAUUCAAGAUUGCAUGCUUAGAGGAUAUCAAGGCAUUGUUUCCACCUGACUGCAAUCCAUUCUAUGCUGGUUUUGGGAACAGAGAUACUGAUGAAAUCAGCUAUCUUAAGGUUGGAAUCCCAAAGGGAAAAAUAUUCAUUAUCAAUCCAAAGGGUGAGGUUGCUGUGAAUCACCGUCUUGACACAAAAUCAUACACUUCCCUCCAUGCUAUUGUUCAUGGCAUGUUUCCGAUAAGGCCCUCAUCUGAGCAGGAGGAUUUUAAUUCAUGGAAUUAUUGGAAGCUGCCCCCUCCGGAAAUUUAACUUUGAAAGUUUUAGCUCCAAGAUAUUUGCUCUAACAUCCAGAUGAAGAAACGUACGGCCGCUGCUUGUGCUUGUUUUGGAGAGAUACCCAGGUUUGAUGCACCAAACCAUGGCUGUCAGCUGAAGAGCCACCAUCUUGUUUGUUGCGCCAUGCCAGUGAGAUAUUCUGGCCUCAAAGUUCAACAAGAAUUGCUGAGAAGGGAAAGGUUGGAUCAGUUUCAGUUGUAUUGUGCUUCCAAUUCAUAGUUCUGUAUAGUGAUCUCAUGGGUUCUCAUUAACUGCUACUGUGUAAGUAUUUCUGAGAAAUUUCAUGGGAAAAUAGGCAUAUAACCAAGUAUGUAAAGAUAUUAGAGGUAUAGAAUUGCCUUCACAAGUGUAAAAUCAGAACAUUCAUCAUUGGUCCAAAAUGGAUCCAUUGUUUUAGCUGAAUCAGACUUGAAUUGCAAACAGCUUCGAAAAUAAAACAAAAAAAAGGAA